GCGGCGGGGCCGGCGGAGGGAGCGGUGCGGCGGCGAUGACUCAAACCCGCCCGGCCCGCUCUGCCCCCUCCCGCUCCCCCCGCCGGGGAGGGCUAUUAAAAGCUGCUGACGUAGGAGCGGACGGCCAUCUUUGAUGAGGGCACGGCUCCCGAUCCAUUGAAGAAGGAGACCCGCGGAGGUCAGCAGCCUCCUGUCCUUGCCUCCCAUCCAGCUGCGGCACCGACCCACCGACCCCGCCGCGCCGCGCUUCGCCAGCCCAGGCUCACAGAGCAGCUGAGUGCAAAUCCUGAUCUGCAGCAUCCCCAAGCACCCCCACAGCUAAAAUGGCAGAAGACGCGGAUAUGCGCAAUGAGUUGGAAGAAAUGCAGCGGCGUGCCGACCAGCUCGCUGAUGAAUCCCUUGAGAGCACCCGUCGAAUGCUGCAGCUUGUUGAAGAGAGUAAAGAUGCUGGUAUCAGGACUUUGGUUAUGUUGGAUGAGCAAGGAGAACAACUCGAUCGUGUUGAAGAAGGCAUGAACCAUAUCAACCAAGACAUGAAGGAGGCCGAGAAAAAUUUAAAAGAUUUAGGGAAAUGCUGUGGCCUUUUCAUAUGUCCUUGUAACAAGCUUAAAUCAAGUGAUGCUUACAAAAAGGCCUGGGGCAAUAAUCAGGAUGGUGUUGUAGCCAGCCAGCCUGCACGUGUCGUAGAUGAACGGGAGCAGAUGGCCAUCAGUGGUGGCUUUAUCCGCAGGGUAACAAACGAUGCCCGGGAAAAUGAAAUGGAUGAAAACCUCGAGCAGGUCAGCGGAAUCAUUGGCAACUUACGUCACAUGGCCUUGGACAUGGGCAACGAGAUCGACACACAGAACCGCCAGAUUGACAGGAUCAUGGAGAAGGCUGAUUCCAACAAAACCAGGAUUGAUGAAGCCAACCAGCGUGCAACAAAGAUGCUGGGCAGCGGUUAAAUGCAGAGAAGUGCAUUUCCUUUUAAUGCUGUCCAGCAGGGCAGCACCUUCAUGCUUUUAUCAUGGUAUUUAUCUACUAGGUUUGCACACAUGCACAUAUCAGCCCCAUUGUAAAUGUUGUCCUGUGUAGUUUGUCAGCUUUCCAAAAAUUAUACUUGUAAUUAUUUUUUUCUAGAUAUCUUUCUUUCCAAAGGUUGUACAUAGUGCUGAUUUGAUGGCUAUAGCUCACUAUGAUGUUUUUUGGGGUUAUUCCUUUCCUUUCCUUGUUUCCGUUUUGGAUUCCUUUCCUUUUUUUCCCCUCUCUUCAUUUUUCUUUUUUUUUUUUAAUGAUGUUUGCUGAAUGACAACACUGUUGGAAUGCUAAACGUGCUGUUAACCUUUAAAUAUACAGUAUUGUUCUUGUAAAACUGUGACAUUCCACAGAGCUACUGCCAUGCUCCUGUCUUUGGGUAUCAUGAUGUUUAAGCACUUAAACCUGCUGUCUUCAGUUCUUCAUUGCCAUUAUCUGUUGUUAUGAUUUCAUGAUUAGACAAUGUGGAAUUAUAUUACUAUAACAAGCAUUGCACUAAAAAGUGAUGUGAUUUAUGCAUUUAUGCAUGAGGAAUAAAUAGACUUUUAGACUCCUACUUAAACAAGAAUUUUCCCAUGGCAGUAGCACACCAACAAUGACAACAAAAGCAUGCUCAGUAUUCGGACUCUUUUGGGACUAUGUUAUACCAGCAAGUUUGCAGUUGUGCCACUUUUUUCUUGUUGAUAUAUAUAUAGUUAUUAAUCAUGAUCAUUUUUUUAAUUAUGAAAAAGAGGGAUUUGGCACUCACCAUUUAGCCAUUGCCAGCAAAAUAAAAGCUUGGCUGAAAAUAUGUCAAAGACAAAAAGAAAUAAGUGUAAUAUAUUGGGUUUGUCUGCUGCUUUUGAAGACUAUCUUUUGGAGGAAACAACCACCAUAUGAAAUGGUGCAAAGAAAUGUAAUUUUUAUAAGGCUCUCUCUUACUAGUCGCUAUCCCCAUGUGGUUUGUUAUCGGUACAGUUCUCUGUUGCUUACCUAGAGCUAUGCACACCAAAUCGCUGAGAUGUUUAGUAGCUGACAAUUAAAAAAUAAUUAAAAAACCUAAAUGAAUGAACUCUAGAUAAACUGUGAGAUAAAUAUCAUUUACAGCAUGUAAUAUGAAAAUUCCUUAUGUCUCCUGUCAGUUUGUGAAGUGAUUGACAUUUUGUAGCUAGUUUAAAGAUUAUUAAAAAUUAUAGAUCUCAGAAUCCAUGCUUGCUUUAUCCAUUUGUUGCCCUACGUGUCAGUGACAACUUCAUAUUUGCCACUUACCUGGGAGAAGAAAGUCUAAAGACUCUUUACAAACUGCUUUUCUAUUGUAUUUCGUGGGAAACUAAAGAUUUUGGUUUGCAAUACUGUAGAAAAGUAACUACACUAAAAAUUACACUUGGUACAUUCCAAGUGACUGUUAUUUUAAAUAACCUGGCUCGUAUUGCCAAACACUGAAUCAAAAUAUUUUUCUCGUGUUCCAG